AUGAACUUCUGGAGACUUGCCACACUUUGCGAACUAUGUUCAACUGCGUCCAUCAACGAGAUAUCCGGUCAAGGAAGCGUUGACAAAGUGGCUAUUGGCUCCUUAAUGAGAUACAAAUACUACGAAGGAUCCAGCAACGAAAGCCUAUCAACACUCAAACAAGCAGAGCAAAGCACGACAUAUCGUGAUAGUUCUACCGCACACCUGGCCGUUGAUGGGAAUCCGAGCAGUAUAGACACCAUCUGCGCCCACACCAACAAUCAAACCGAUGAUUGGUGGAUGGUGGAUUUGGGACGAGUGUUCGAGGUGACGACUGUCACCAUAAUCAACCGAUUUGAUGAUUGUAAUUGCGGCGGGCGCUUGGAUGGGAUAGUUUACGAGGUUGGGAUUGCAACAGGAUCCUGGGAAGAAUGUGGACGAUUCCUCGGUCCAGGUCAUGGUGUUGUCAAUAUUACAACAACCUGCGACCGCACCAUGCACGGGCGCUAUGUGAGAAUACGCAAGAUCAAGCAAGAUUAUUUAAGCUUGUGUGAAGUGUAUGUAUACAGAUCCAGCAACGAAAGCCUGUCAACACUCAAACAAGCAGAGCAAAGCACGACAUAUCGUGAUAGUUCUACCGCACACCUGGCCGUUGAUGGGAAUCCCAGCAGUAUAGAAACCAGCGGUAAUGAACACAUUUGCGCCAUCACCAACAAUCAACCCGAUGAUUGGUGGAUGGUGGAUUUGGGACGAAUGUUCCAGGUGACGACUGUCACCAUAAUCAACCGAAUUGAUGAUUGUAAUUGCGGCGGGCGCUUGGAUGGGAUAGUUUACGAGGUUGGGAUUGCAACAGGCUCCUGGGAAGAAUGUGGACGAUUCCUCGGUCCAGGUGAUGGUGUUGUCAAUAUUACAACAACCUGCGACCGCACCAUGCACGGGCGCUAUGUGAGAAUACGCAAGAUCAAGCAAGAUUAUUUAACCUUGUGUGAAGUGUAUGUAUACAGUUGA